UGGUUUUGUAUAAUCACCUCUUCGCUCUCUUGUUGCUAGCUCUGUGCGACUGAACAUUUCCCUGCCAAAGAAAAAUAAGAUGUCUCUCAGAACUCUACCUAUCUUGUUCCUCAACCUUGGAGGGGAAAUGCUUUAUAUUUUAGACCAAAGACUUCGAGCCCAGUCGAUUCCAGAUGAGAAAGCAAGAAAAGUAAUGCAUGACAUUGUUGGGACAAUGUUCAACAAGCGAUUCAUGGAAGAGUUGUUCAAGCCCCAGGAUACAUACUCCAAGAAGGCAAUGCGCACCGUGUUUGACCGCCUGGCACAUGCUUCUAUCAUGAGAUUAAACUCUGCUAGUAUGGACAAGCUAUAUGAUCUGAUGACCAUGGCCUUCAAAUACCAGGUCUCACUCUGCCUAAGGCCAUCCGAUGUUCUCCUUGUCACAUAUAACCAUAUGGAUGCAAUCCGUGGGUUUGUGUCAGACAACCCGGCCAUCAGUGCACAAGUGGAGAAUGUCUACAAACAUCUGUAUGAGACGUAUGCUGACUUAACAAUGGGUCAGUUCCAAAUAAUCCGACAAACACUCCUGACGUUCUUCCAAGACAUGCACAUCAGGGUCUCAAUUUUUCUGAAAGAUAAAGUUCAAACAGCCAAUGGGAAAUUUGUGCUUCCUACAGAUGGGCCCGUUCCCUGGGACACUGAAGUCCCUGGUGCUAUAAGGUAUUUUGGUGAUGAUGGUAGUGUGAUGAAAACCACACACUUCACAACCACUUGUCAGCAUGAGCUUGCAGAUAAACCUGGCUCCUUUGAGCUCCUUGGUGACAGAGUCAUCAAGCUUGGGCGCAACAUGUACACAGUAGCUCGCCCUAUCGAGACAUCCUCUGCACCAAGCCUACCCAAUGUCAAGAAGUCUCCAGCAAGCAGCACCGCAUCUGUCCAGUCUGAAGCUGAAAGCUCCGAGGCUCUGAGUGUCCUGGCGAAGGAAGAGCUCAACUUGCUUGCACACCUUGUGGGGGGAGGGGGUGGGUCAACGGCUAAUAAAGCUUUCCGGUUAAAUCUAUUCAGUACAGACGAGGAAGAAGAGGUGGCGGCGGUGGAGUACUCUAAAAGGGAGCAAUGGCACAAUGUCAUCAACAUAGACGCAACAAAGAAGCAACAGCGACAAGAACUCUCUCAGCUAAUGGACGAAUUCUCCAUACAAGACUCAACCUCCAAUCAAAGCAAAGGAGACGACCUUUUGGAUUUGAUGGACCAGGCCUGACGUUGUGACGUAAUAAUGAAAUCCUUGUUUGUGUACUCUGAUGGUUAUAGUGUACUACUCUGGCCUCUAGUGCACUCGCCAUACUUACGUUGCGCGGGGAUUGGGUCGAGUUGGUAAGCGAACAAUUCAACAUGGCGUCGAACGAUGCCGAUAUGUUAAUGUUGUGAAUCUAACUAACGAAGAUACUCCGGAAGCUAAAUUGCCAAAACCUACCACUUUCAAGCUUUCAUUCAGUAUCACAUCAAAAUGUUUACGACGCCAUGUUGAAUUACGCCCCUUAAAAUCUUCCCAGCAUGCUGUUCGCUUAUUGACUAGACCCAAUCGCCCGCGCAAUGUAAGAAUGGCGAAUUGCGGGGCGGGGGGUCAGAUCGACUAGGUAGGAGAAUUCCUUGGGGUUUGCCUGUUGUUUUAUUGUGUUGGAAGUCCAAGCACGAGGAGUCUGAUAAGGGAUUUGGCGCCGUAUCAGACUCGAGAAUACAGCGCUUUCUUUCCUGGCCGUAGGGACCUUUGGUGGCGACCGCAGACACCACUGGGGCUCAGGGCAUGCGCGCCAUCCCUUUUCAACGACUUGUAUCGAUUUCUUUGCAAAACCAUUACCUAAAAUACCAGUUUUUGAAUCUUUUACUGGCGCACAAAGCCAGUGCCAAAAGAGAUGCGCUUUUCAGUGGCAAACCUACUUUUAAGUCACUUCGGAAUACACAAUGGAAUACAGCCAGAGUUUUCAGUAUUUAAAUAAACCGUCAAGCAAGUUUAUCGCCAUUUUGUCUUCCCAGAAAAAAAACGUAGUGUGUGAUCUGAGCGUUCACUUCCAUCCCUGGUGAUUUGAGAAAACUAGUGCGAUAUAUUUCUUUGACUUGUAAAACUUUGGUUAGAUUUCUUCACUUAAUUUGGCCUAUCCAUAAAAAACAAAAGACAAAUCGUGACUGACUAGGGCUUUUAAGCGGUACGAGUUUGCCCGAAACUGGACAUUCUUCGAGACCCAGAUGUCGUUGCGGGCGCUUCCCAUGUACCCUCGAUUCUAAAAGCUCGACGUUUGGCCAUUAUCUAAGUUAUUCGAAAGUGAGACUUGUGUACCUUGAAAUUGAAUAUCUGUGAAAUUCCAGUAAAGUGAAAAAUGCGAA